AUGCAUGUAUAUGCCUUCGGACGGUCGUCAUCUUCCUCGAAAUGUAUUGACGAGGAAAUCAAGAUUGAUGACAACUUACAAGCAACUCAAGGAUGUGAAAAAGAAACAAAUCUUCAUCAAGGCAAUCAAACAGAAAAUAACUCCUCUCCUUCUAAACCACAAGACAAUAAUGGUGGUGAUGAUGAUAAGUCUGAGAAUUCCACCUUGGACACUGGAUCAUCAUAUGAAAACAUUGUCGAUACAUUUGCCAUCCUGGAACUCCAAGACAAUGUAGGAACAUCUGUCUCCAAGGUUGAAUCCAUGGACAAUCCAACAAAAGAAGAAGAAGAAGAAAAAGAAAAAAAGGAAGAAGAAGAAGAAGAAGAAGAAGAAGAAGAAGAAGAAGAAGAUGAUGAUGAUGAUGAUGAUGAUGAUGAUGAUGAUGAUGAUGAUGACAACUUAAUCAUGGAUGUUGUUAUAGAACUUCAAGCUCCUCAAAUAUAUCGGGUAAAGGAUCUAUCGGAGGAAGAUAGAAGGAUAUGGCCCGCUGUCACUUGGCCAUGA